UUAUUUAUUUUCUUAGUCUUUUGUAUCAUUGAAUUAUUCGUGCUCGUCUCAUAAGCUUGAACCCAGAGACUGCAGUUGUAACAACAACAAAAAGUGAACCAACAGCUGCAUUGUGUUAUGGCGCCAGAUUUGGACUGUUUAUCGCCAACACAUGAAAUGAAAGGAUAUUUACGAAAAUCCAAAAAAUGGAGCAAAAGAUAUUUUGUGCUUAAAGAAGGACCACCACCUCGUUUAGAAUGUUAUGAUUCUGCCAAAUCAUACAUGAAAAAUGGAAAACCAAAAAGAUGCAUUGAACUCGAAAAUGCGUGGAAUAUUGAUAAAAAAGUUACCGCUAAACACAAGCAUCUGAUCGGUGUUUAUACAGAAGAGGAGUACUUUGCAAUGGCUGCUGAAAAUGACUCAACUCAAGAGAUGUGGGUGAACGCACUUCAAAAAGCUGUUCUUGGUUAUAAAGGACAUAUGAACAGAACUCAUAUCAUGUACAAGCACAUCUGGCAAGGCAAUGUCGACACCAGAGAUCUCGAAAACUGCAGCAACGACACCAGAAUCAACCUUCAGGGAACUCAUCGCUGCUGUCUCACUGACAAAACCAUGGUUUUCAUCUGCAUCAACGGCUCGGGUGCCUCUGAUCUCUAUCGACAUAAACCUGUUGAAAUAAACAUCUCAAACAUCAGGUCUUGUGGCCAUAAAGACAAUUUAUUUUUUAUGGAAUCCGGUCGCUACUCUGGGAUAGGUACUGGGAAAUUGUGGAUGGAAUUGGACGAUGCCACCAUAGCUGAUAAUAUGCAUAGAACAAUUUUACAAUUUAUGAUCACGUCGGGACAAGACGACGCCAGACCACGGUCAUACAGUUCCGGUUCUGGUUCAGGACGAUCCGUUAAUCGAUCGCGACAUUAUUAUAAUCCACCACCUAGUCAAGUUGGAAUGGGUAAGCCACCUACAACAACCACCGCAAUUUCCAGACCCGUCCCAUCCAUAGGGGGUCGUGACCGAUGCGAGAGCUUUCCUGCCACACAGGCGUCCACAUUAACUGACGAGGCCCGGUAUCGCACAUCUAGCGAAGGAGAAACAACAAUGAAACGUCACCACCCUUUCCAUAUGAUUCGGCGAAAAGCAGGAUCCGUGAGUCCCAAUACAAGGGCCAGAGUUUACUCACAUGGCAAGAGACCUCUUUUUCAACAAUCUUUGCUCCAUACUCGAACAGCGUCUCUGCCGGGGAGCAACUACAGUUCGAGUAAUUCCAGUAUGGAACACUUAAGUAAUCACGACUAUUCAAGGAAUGGACAAUCACCUGCAAUGAGUGAAGAACACGGCUCUUCUGACGAAUUCAGCAGCAGCCCUAUGACGAAUCAAAGAUGUCAAGGAUCUCUUCACCAUUCAUUAUAUACGCAGUCCCCCCAUUUUGACCACUUUUCUCACUUUGAAUGGGCACCACCACCUCCUACAGUCCCGCCAGAAUCCAGCCCACUUGUUUCAGAAGCUGGCGCAUCCAGUCCCCGUGUGCUUAGCAGCGAUUACGCCGUCAUGCAGUCAUCACAUUCCCGCAGUCAUUCGCUGGACGAUAAUCUGAGCUGCGGCACUGCUGCAUCAUCUCUUUCCACGUCCCCGCAGGCACCGACGCAUAUACCCGGUGUAUCCAUCUCACCUGAUGCUUGCUAUCAAUACAGUCAAUCACCUUCACAAAGUUCAUCUCACUCACAUUGUGGGGAUUUCAAUCUUCUGUACACACCAACCUCUGCUUCACCUGCCGACGCGGAUGGCUGUCCUUACGCGUUCAUGAAUCCCGACGACUCAGACACAUAUCCACACGAAACUUCGCCGCUUUCUUCAGACUAUACACCAAUGACACCUGGAAGGGGUGCAGCAAGCUCUACCCCAACUGAAGAUAAAAGCGGAUAUGUGCCGAUGCGACCUCUCGUAAGAUCGCAACCUCAAGACAUUGGCGGUUCGGUACGAAGAAGGUCUUUGUCAGACAAUCGCCUGGUGAACGGAAGUUAUUCGCCGGCUUCUCCUCUCAGUAGAUCUCCCGAUAAAAGCAACCAUGUUGCUAGAUCACUGGCUUCGGCCACUGCUUGCUCAAAAUGCAAACGAAACGAUUUGCCACAUAGUUAUCCUUGCCAACACUGUACCCAAAUUACCGUUGCUGUCAGCAGGCCGUCUAUUCCAUCGGUAUCAUGCCACGGACUUAAGGUCGACGCCAAGAAUGAUUUUAGCAUGGACUCGAGUAAGAUGGCUGUAAAACACCUUGAACAGCCACCGGUUAAUUAUUCCGACGAUUAUGCGAGUAUGGGAAGUCUAACCACAACAAUCGCGGCAGUACAAAUUCGCUCAUCUCCUCAAGAUGUUGUUUCUAAACAACAAAACUCACCGAAAGAUUUUAAUUUGGCGGAGGGUACCGAUAUUGAUCACGAAUAUCUUCCUAUGAGUCCAAUGAAUGCUGCAAAUCCAAAGAAAUCGAUUGUGUGGAACGUAUUAUCUAUUGCUGCAGAAUCCGUUCAUAAACCAACGUCGAAUUCCAGCAACUUGUCUUCUGGUGGAAAAUAUCCUCACCAACAAACUACGCCCAAGUCUGGACAGUAUUCUACUCAUUCUUUGGAUCGCAGGGAUAGUAAAGCUAGACGACGAACAAUAUCACACUUCACAUCCGGUUUGGUGACUAGCCAACGGCACGCCGCACCAAGGACUUCAACAAAAGCUAGAAAACAUCAUUCAUUACGAAUAUCUACAGACACAAAAUCCUCCUCAGUCUCGGAAGCAUCGUCGAACAAUUUGCAGCCACCACUGUCGCCUGUUGGUGGCGAAUACGUCUCCAUAAACUACGACAAAGCCAGAAAACAAGUUGGCCCCACUUACCUAAGCCUAACAGAUGGCGGGGCGUCGGGGGAGCCAGAGGAUAAAUCGUCAGAAUUAACCCAUACUCAGUGCAAUCGCAGAAGUCCAGUAGCAACCAAAGCUACCCAUGACUCAAACAGGAACUUAUUACCCACUAAGCAAAGCCCGCCUAAAGACGAUUAUUUAUUGCUGAAACCGGGCGAACUGACCACGUAAAAUACCCAAUGCAAAGUCAGUUUGCAGUUCUUAUUGAAGACAAUUGGCUUUAUUCAAAUAUAUAUCUCACUGCUGCUAAGUUCCCGAUAUAUUAUUAUUAUAUCUUAUUUUUGUCUUUGCUUUUAUGAUUAUUAUACUGUUUAAGUCACUUUUAUGUUAUAAAUUUUUGCACGUUUUGCCCAGGCAAGUAUGGGACAUUACUAGAACGCCGUAUCCGUAUCUGACUUAAUUUUAAUUGAAGUGUGUUUAUAUCACUUAUCCACCACUUUUCAAAUAGGAAACAUAGCAUGUCUAUAGCCAUAACUCAAUUCUCUCACUUGUAUUUCCACCUUUCGUUGGAUGUUCAAAUAUUUUAAGUCUUUAAUGUCGUUAUUGUUAAGUUGUGGUUUCGAUUUUCGUGUUUUGUACCGCAAAAAAAUUAUAUGAUUACUUAUUUUCUGUACGUUAUUUGUAAAAACUGGCGAUUCGGACCAACUUAGUUCAUGAAAUCAAAUAUUGCGCAAAAAUCUGACCAAAUUCAUGCGCUCUCCUUAUGUACUGUACGCUGGAUUGAAGUAACGCAUUUUUCGCACUGGUUUUCUGCCUUUCUAUUCUUCAAUGCACUUUUUGCUCAUCACAAAAACACUUAUUAGAACUAUGAUCGGUACUAGGAAAUUUCUUCCUUGUUUGUCAUAUUCAUUGUAUCGCACCAAUAAAAGAAUUGUUAUUUUUGGUCACUGUUCGUGUUCCCCUGCUGUUUUUGAUUUUUCUGCUGUCUUUGCCUCUAUUUCUUAUUGAUUUCCAUUUUUCUGUCUUGUUUUAAUGUAUUUUUGUGCUAAUUUAUCGCUGUUAUUAUUAUUACUAUUAUUAAUAUAUGAAAACGGUGACACGA